AUGCUUUUGGUAUAUCAAAGGUUAUCUAUUGAAUAUUUUUCAGGUGUGAACAAAAUGCCCAGAUUAAAGUCCUUUAAUAAAAGAUGUACCAAGCGUAGUCGCGCAUUGAAGGGAAUUUCAAUAGUAGGUUGUGGUUCUACAAGUGACAAAGAGAACAAAGAAGCAGUGCAAUCAACCUCAUCCGAUUUACAUGAGUUCAGCUUUAUUUCUUCAGAAGAAUAUGAAAGCAUUAACAAUUAUCCCCUGGAAAUUAAAAAAGAACCAGUAAAACAAACAUAUCUUAAUGGACACCGAAUUGUUGACUUACAUUAUGUACUACAGUGGGCUUUAAACUUACAGUUUGCUCAUUCGAAAGUUUGUACGAUGGGAAAUCUACAGAUAAUUGAUGAAAAACAUAAAGGUUUAGUUUCAACAGUGGUACUACUAUGCAACAUGUGUGGCUAUAAGACUGAAAAGUCAACAGAAAACCCUUGUGAGCAGUCAACUAUUAAUUAUGGAGCUGUUUGGGGCACAUUAUCAACAGGUGGUACAUAUGCACAGUUAACAGGAUUGUUAGGUGCAUUAGAUAUUCCUUCCAUGUCUUAAAAUGUCUUAAUAAAAAUCAUUAAAUUUCUAUUUGAAAA